AGGAGGAAGAGGACACACAACAAGAGAGAGCCAUGGUGAUGCCCCAUGAGCGUGCAAGAGCCAUCAAAAUGCGGGACAAAUUCGCCUUUCUUCGUUUCAUGGGGCAUCAAACAGCCCUUAUGACGGCGCCGCACUCUGCCAUCCGCAACGCACUCACUCACUCAAUCACGCUAGUCCUCUACCACCCACCCCACAAAACCCCAAUCCUACGCUGCUUUCUCUGAGUUGGUGGUGAUUCUACUCAAUUUUUUAACUCGUGGCAGUGUGUGCAGUAAGUAGUAUGGUUUUUUUUUUUUUUUUUUUUUUUUUUUGGUUUUUUUAAGGAAAAAAGGGUUUGAAAAUCUUGUUUGGGUACUUUGUUCUGUGCAUUUGAGGUGUUUGCAGCGAGAGAAUUGUACCUGGUAGGCCGGAAGUGGGGAGUAACAGGGCGUGAGAGGCAAUGCCUGGAGUUGUCUUGGUGUCGUUUGCGUUCAGUUGUGAAAUUGACGCUUAGUGAGUUGCGUUGGAGUGCGCUGCUGGCGGCUGAAGGAUCAGGGGGCUUGAAGAAGGGGAUUGGUCUGCAGUAGGAGCAGGAAAGGAGGGAUUACUGGGUCGUUUAAGGCGGUUCGCGGUUCGUUCAGAGGAGCUUGGGUCAAUAUGAAGUAUGUACUCGUUACUGGGGGUGUGGUGAGCGGCCUUGGAAAGGGAGUCACGGCCAGUAGCAUCGGAGUUGUACUCAAGGCAUGUGGUCUUCGGGUCACAUCAAUCAAAAUUGAUCCUUACCUGAACACUGAUGCCGGAACCAUGUCACCUUUCGAACACGGGGAAGUCUUUGUUUUGGACGAUGGUGGUGAGGUUGACCUGGAUCUUGGUAAUUAUGAGCGCUUUCUGGACGUCACAUUGACACGGGACAACAACAUCACCACUGGGAAAAUUUACCAGGCAGUGAUAGAGAAGGAGAGGCGGGGUGACUUCCUGGGAAAAACUGUUCAGGUUGUACCACACAUCACAGAUGCUAUUCAGGACUGGAUUGAACGAGUCGCUAGAGUUCCAGUGGACGGACAUGAUGGAAGUGCAGAUGUUUGUGUCAUUGAGCUGGGAGGCACUGUUGGUGAUAUUGAAUCCAUGCCUUUUAUUGAAGCUCUCCGACAGUUCCAGUUUCGAGUUGGUAAUAGCAACUUCUGUUUGGUCCACGUGAGUUUGGUUCCCGUUCUGGGUGUUGUGGGCGAGCAGAAGACAAAACCAACACAGCACAGCGUUCGGGAACUUCGAGCACUGGGUCUUACUCCUGAUUUGCUGGCUUGCCGAAGCGCCCAGCCCUUGGAGCAGGCCACCAAGGAGAAGCUCUCUCAAUUUUGCCAUGUUCCAGCUGCUCACAUACUCAACAUCUAUGAUGUCUCCAACAUCUGGCACAUCCCUCUCUUGUUGCGGGAUCAGCAAGGACAUCUAGCGAUUCUUCGCAAACUUCAGUUGAGUUCUGUACCGCCUCCCGAUUUGGAGAAAUGGGCUGCGCGAGCUGAGCGAUGUGACAACCUUUCUAUCCCAGUAAAGAUUGCAAUGGUUGGGAAAUAUACCGGUCUGUCCGACUCGUAUCUGUCAGUUCUCAAGGCUCUGCAACAUGCCUGCAUCGCAUGUUCAAGAAAGUUGGUGUUGGAGUGGGUUGCAGCUACUGAUCUUGAAGAUCGUGCUAAGGAGGAGACACCAGAAGCAUACGAUUCUGCUUGGAAUACCUUGAAGAAUUCUCAUGGUGUGCUUGUACCUGGUGGAUUUGGUGAUCGAGGAGUGCAAGGAAAGAUACUAGCCGCCACUUAUGCUCGUACAAAUCGGGUUCCUUACUUGGGAAUUUGCCUUGGGAUGCAGCUUGCUGUCGUGGAGUUUGCCAGGAAUGUCCUUGGACUGAAGGACGCUAAUAGCACUGAGUUCGACUCUGCCACACCGCAUCCAUGUGUUGUUUUUAUGCCAGAGGUCUCUAAAACGCACAUGGGUGGCACUAUGAGACUAGGAGCUCGGAAGACACUGUUACAAACGGCUGAUUGCAUAACUGCCAAAUUGUAUCAAAAGGAUUCAUUUUUGGAUGAGCGGCAUAGGCAUCGUUAUGAGGUGAAUCCUGAGUUGGUGGAGAGUUUAGAAGCGGUAGGACUGCGCUUUGUUGGCAAGGAUGAAACAGGGCGUAGGAUGGAGGUUUUGGAGUUGCGAGGACACCCCUAUUACGUGGGUGUGCAAUUUCAUCCAGAAUUUAAGUCAAGACCUGGAAAACCUUCUGCAGUAUUCCUAGGUCUAAUUUUAGCUGCCUCGGGUCAGAUGGAUUCAUACAUCAAUGGGGCGCCUACAUCUGUAACAGCUAGAAAUCAUUCAGCCACUAACUCCACACCUGACUCCAACCAUGCUGAGAUCUCCCAAGCUUCAGAAGGAUUACAUAGUCUCGCAGUCUAGGUUUGGUUGCUGGAGUGAAAGAAAAUUAUUGCACAGUGAUUGUUUGCUAAUCCAUCAUUGCCUUGCCAGCCUCUAAAUAAGGAAACAAUUCUUGUACGCUACUUUCUUAUUUUUUAUGUUUAAUUUCCUAUUUAUUGCUCUGCGAGUGGUGAACUUAA